AUCAGAGCGGUUUUGAGUUGGGAGUUGGGAGCAGCACUUCAAGAUCACUGUAAGGAUUAUUUAUUGAAACAAGAGGGAUGAUGUGUUUCCUUACUGAUAGAAGUCCUAAUUGCUAAACUGCUGCCGGCACCUCAUCGCAGGUCAAGGAGCUCUCCGAUGGAUUACGCCAUGAAGUCCCUCAGCCUUCUCACUCCGUCGUCCCUCUCCAAGUGCGUGUCAGCCAGCGUCUCGGCCAGCGCCUCCAUGACCCAGCAGCUGCUGUCUGGUCGAGCUCUUCGACUGAAGCCUUUCAGGGUCACGAAUGCGGACCGCAGCGUGAAGAAGGGCAUCAUGGCGGACGCGCUGAAGGACCUGAUGAACAAGGCGAGGAGGGUCAGCGACUCGUUCAGUGUGCCGUGUGUCGACGCGCUGGUGCUGGACGAAGACGGGACCGGUGUGGACACGGAUGACUUCUUCCAGACGCUGCCGGACAACACUGUCCUCAUGGUCCUGGAGAAUGGCCACAGGUGGACCCCGCAUCCGGAUCGCCUCUCCAGAGAUCACCUCAGCGAGUGCAGACCAAAGCACCGGAUAGACGUGGCCAAGCUGACUUUGGACCUCUACAAAACCAACCCCAAGGACUUCAUCGGCUGCCUGAACAUGAAAGCAACCUUGUAUGGUGCUUAUUCUGUGUCCUAUGACCUGCGGUGCUAUGCCGCCAAAAAUAUGCUCAAGGAGGCUCUGCGCUGGACCAUCUUCUCCAUGCAGGCCACAGGCCACAUCCUGCUGGGAUCGUCCUGCUACAUCGAGCAGCUGCUGGAGGACGAGGAGCAAGUGGAGAAGAGCCUGGCGCUGCCACAGGAAGGCCGGAUCAGGCAGCUGCAGAGCAUGCUGCUGGGAAAAAUAACCUACUGAAUGUGGAUUAGAGCUGACAAGGGAGGAACUUCUUGUCCACUCUUAGUUUUAGGGCACAUUAUAGAGGGUCACCGGUGACACUGCUGAUCUCUACUCUAUGUUUGGGUUUCCUGUGCACUUAGCGGACAUUUCAGACGUUUCCACAGCCCGCCUGUCGCUUUCUUGUUCUGUUACAUUGUUACAUUCAACACAAGUUAUUCUCAUUAAUGUUUUUUUUCCUGUGCAGAUGAAUCAAUAAAACUAACACUUAUUUUUA